CAGGGCCUUGAAACCUAGCGGAGGACGGUGGAUAUAAAACGAACAGAGUGGACUCGAACUCCACCACUGUCUCCAGAGCCAGCAGCAUGAGGACCUUCUUCGCUGUCGCCGCUGUUCUCGCCCUGUCUGCGGCCGUUUUCGCUGACGAUGCCAAGAAGAAGGAUGAGAAAGUCGAGGGUCGAGGACUUCUCCACGGCGGCGGAGGCAUCGGUGGUUGCCCACCCUGUCCCUGCGCUUACGGAGGGGGCGUAGGUGGUGGUCUUGGUGGUGCUGGCCUCGGCGGCGGUUCUAGCUAUGGCUCAAGCUACGGAUCCUCAAGCUAUGGUUCUGGCGCUGUCGGUGGAGCCAGCCUCGGCAAGGGAGUCGGAGGAGUUGGGCCCGUCGGACCUGUUGGUGUUGGCGUGCCCGUUGGAGGCGUCGGCGGAGUCGGACCCGUUGGUGUUGGCGUGCCCGUUGGAGGCGUCGGCGGAGUCGGACCCGUUGGUGGAGUCGGUCUCGGUGCAACUGGUGCCGGUCUUGGUCUUAGCCCCGGUCUUGGACAUGGAGGUGUUGGCCUUGGACACGGCGGUUUUGGGCACGGUGGGCUUGCCGGUGGAGCUGCUUCUGGUCACUCCGGAUUCAAGCAGGGCUCCGGCUUCCAGACUGCUGCCGGGGGCAACAAGGCUGGACAGGGUAGCUUCGCCUACAACCAGGGCUCGUCAAGCAACAACAAGUACGGCCACAGCAGCUCGUACGGUGACUCAAAGAACUUCGGUCUGAGCUCCAGCGAGGGCUUCAACCGCGCUCAGGGACAGGGCAGCGAAGCCAGCUCUUUCAACAAGGCCGCCGCUGGCUCUGGAGCCUCCAGCCACAGCUCCGGCAGCAAGGUCGUCGUCUAAAGGAAGCCGUGUCCUGACCUCAAAGGUAUCAUCUCUCACUCGAAUGGUUGAACAAGUUCCUCGUAGGAACGUCGCAAGUGCAAUGUCUGAAAGGAACCCACAUAUCACGGCGCGGCAUUCGCGCACUAAUAUAUUGCUUCAAGAGCUUAGAAAUUAAAUGUUUGUGACGUCUUAACUAGGUCAAGUGCGCUUGAAAACCAAAUAAAAAGUUGUUUGUUA